UCAGUCUUGACGGAGUUCACAGCUCCAGCAGCAGGGAAACACACCCGUCAGCAGCGCGCACUGGAGACAAAAAAAAAAGCGCAUCGCGGACAAAGGAAAUAUGGGUGCGCUGAGGAGGAUCCACCUCAGCCCGGUCACACGAUGGAUGAGCCGCUUCUGUUUCAUUUACCGGGAGACCAAUUAGCCCACCUUAAUGAGGUGCUGGGAUGCGAGGUACUGCAAGCUAAAAAGGCGGAAGGCUGCGUGUAAUCCGUCUGCGGAUCCUGUGAGCUUGCAAUGGCUGUGGCGGGGAUAUGCAACCGGAUAGGGAAUAAUGUGCCUUUUUAUUUUGUGAUAUUUUCCUUAUUUUGUGGCCUUUCGUGCGGACAAUUGCGUUAUUCUAUUGCGGAAGAGCUGGAAAAUGGGGCACUGGUCGGCGAUGUGGCGCAGGACUUGGGGCUGGAUAUUCGAAAGCUCGCCACCCGAAAAAUUAAGGUAACCUCCAACAGCGGCAAACGCUAUGUGAUUGUGAACCCCAAAAACGGGAAAUUGCUCGUCAAUGAGAGGAUCGACAGGGAGGCACUGUGUGAUCUGUCCAGCACCUGCCUCAUUAAUCUGGAGGUGCUGGUCGAGAACCCCAGCGAGGUGCACCAUGUCGAGGUGGAGAUUGUGGACGCCAAUGAUAACGCGCCGCAGUUCCCCAGAGAGGAGUACCAACUGGAAAUCACAGAAUCUGCUUUACCGGGCUCUCGGUACCCGAUUGAAAACGCUCAGGACCCAGACAUCGGGUCCAAUUCAGUUCGUAUGUAUCAGCUCAGCACAAACGACCAUUUCGCGCUGGUAUCCAACAAACCCUCCCUAAAUACAAAGCACAUCGAGCUUGUGCUCAAGAAGCCCCUGGAUCGUGAACAGACGCCUUACCACCAAAUCAUUCUAAGUGCUGUGGAUGGUGGGACCCCAGAGAAAACAGGCACUGCUAAAAUCAAUGUCCGGGUCCUCGACUCAAAUGACAAUGUCCCCCUCUUUGACAGCUCGGUGUACAAGGUGAAGCUGUUGGAAAAUUCACCCAAAGACACCUUGGUAAUCAAACUGAAUGCAACUGAUCUGGACGAGGGCACAAAUGGAGAGGUGUAUUACUCCUUCAGCAGCUACACUCCAGAGAGAGUGAGGCAGAUGUUCAGCAUGGACACUAAUUCGGGAGAAAUAAGAGUGAGGAGCAAUGUUGACUACGAAGAGACCAACUCCUAUGAGAUGUACAUCCAGGCGAUGGACAAGGGGCCCGGGGCCGUGGCAGCACACUGUAAGGUCGUGGUUGAAGUGGUGGAUGUGAAUGACAACGUCCCUCAGAUAGUGUUGUCAUCCCUGUCCAGCCCUGUGAGAGAAGACGCCCGUGCAGACACAGUCGUGGCCCUCAUUAGCGUUACCGAUCGGGACUCUGGCGCGAACAAGCAGGUGAGCCUGGAGAUCCCAGCAGGCCUUCCCUUCAAGAUCAAGUCAUUCAGAAAUUACUACACUCUGGUUACCUCAGCCUUCCUGGACCGUGAGACCACUGAUGCCUACAAUGUCACUCUGAGUGCCACAGAUGGAGGAAACCCUCCCCUCUCCUCCCAAAAGACCAUACAGGUGGACGUGGCUGAUGUAAAUGACAACCCACCUCGAUUUGAGCAGACUUCAUACACGGUCUAUGUGGGUGAGAACAAUGGCCCCGGGGCCUCUUUGUGCACCGUGAAAGCUCAAGAUGCAGACAUCAAGGAGAACGCGCGCAUCACCUACACAGUGCUCAAUGACAACAACCAUGGCAUCCCUGUCACCUCGUAUGUGUCUGUGAAGGCCGAUACUGGGGAGGCUUAUGCCCUGCGAGCCUUCGACUAUGAGUCACUGAGAGAGUUUCACUUCCAGGUCAAAGCCCAAGAUGGGGGCAUUCCUCCGCUCAGCCGCGUCGCCACUGUCUACAUCUACAUAAUGGAUCAGAAUGACCACGCACCACUGAUAGUCAACCCUCCUGGCAAUGGCACGCGCUCCUUGGAGACCGUGCAAAAGAACGCAGAGCCCGGUGCCUUGGUGACCAAAGUGGUAGCAUACGAUGCAGACGCUGGUCCAAAUGCCUGGUUGGUGUACUUGCUGGAGACAGCCACUGACCUGGACUUGUUCAAGGUCCAUGAACACACCGGUGAGAUCAGAACCACUCGGAGGAUCCUGGAGGACAACUCCACGUCCUUUGCUCUGACUGUCUUAGUGAAGGACCAUGGGCAGCCUGCUCUCUCCUCCACCGCCACCAUCAACGUGGCUGUCAUGGAGGUGCCACCCAAAGUGGUCCCGGACCCCAAGAGGAUCAUCCGGCCUCACAGCACCCUGCUCUUCUCCAACGUGACCCUCUACUUGAUUGUGGCUUUGAGCGCCACCACCUUUGUGUUCCUGGUUACCGUGGUGGUGCUGGCCAUUGUCCGCUGUCAUGCCUACUGCACCCAGCCCGGGUCCUGCUCCCCUUGCUGCGUGUCACAGAAGCCCCCUCCAGAUGGCGGGAGCAACAGCGUAAGUGCUGGUCCGCCAGGCGGAGCUGGCGCCGGGGCACAGCCCAAUAGCAAUGUGAUGCUUCGUAGAGACCUUAAAGUGGAGCCUCACUACAUCGAAGUGCGGGGGAAUGGCUCCCUGACAAAGACUUACUGCUACAAGACCUGCCUGACAGCCACCUCUGGCAGUGACACUUUCAUGUUCUACAACACAGGGCGUCCCAUCAGUGGCACCUGGGGCAGCGGUGCCGACCGCUUCUUCACCAGUGGAAGUGGAUUCGUACGCAGACUGAGUAUGCCUGAUGCCUCAAUGCAACUCUGCCCAGAGCCAAAAGCCCCGAAUGCUGACUGGCGAUAUUCUGCAUCUUUGAGGGCAGGGAUGCAGAGUUCGGUCCACAUGGAGGAGUCCUCUGUGAUGCAGGGAGCCCAGGGGAUGCUCGUCCAGAACUGGCCCACUGUUUCCAGCGCCGCAGACGGUGAUGGUGGAGAGCUGUCACCCCCGGUGGGAGCUGGAGUCGACAGCAACAGCUGGCACUUCAGAUACGGCGCCGGGCAGAGCUACGGUCCCCCUCAGCCCAUGAUGAGGCCCGGAGAGAUUCCCCCCGAAGCCUUCAUCAUCCCCGGAUCCCCCGCCAUCAUUUCCAUCCGCCAUGACGCGGGCCCAGUGGACGACAAGGGUGACUUCAUAAGCUUCGGCAAGAAGGAGGAGGCCAAGAAGAAGAAAAAGAAGAAGAAGGACAAGAAGGACAAGAAGGAUAAAGGAAAGGAUGACGGUGACGAAUAGAGGAGAAGGAGUGAUUUGAAAACAGAGCUACCAACAAACUUUCAUCCCAAUUUCAGAGCCAGAAAAAAAAAUCGAAAUGCAUAUUGUAGAACCGAGGGAGCCCCUUUGCACCAUAUUUGCAUAGACACUGUACAGUGGCCAAACCCUCAUUAGACCAGGCCUGGCUCCCCCGCACCAUGCAAACCUGCAAAGCAAAUGUACGUCUCCCUUGCUUGGCUCAUUUGGCCCAUCACUUUGGCUAAGGUUUAUGGUAAACAAAUGUUCUUAGAAGCUAGAUUUCAUCUAAAGGUUGGACCAAAUUAAAACAGAAAGCAAUUUAUCAGAUUAGAAUAGCCCUGCUGUGAUUUCCACUUUGUAUAAUGAAACACAAAGACACCUGAGAAGGUGUACGAUUUUUAUCUGACCAUUGUCAGCUGAGGUGGCCCCGCGUUGGCGUCUCUGUCUAUAUGCAGCCCCCUUACUUUUUGACUCGCCUAGUUGGAGGUGAAGUUGAAGCCAAACUAAAAGAAAGGAAACAGAGGCUUUCGUCUUUAGUAUUAUGGAGGCCUUAUGGUCUUUUGUAAAAAAAAAAGAAAAACGAAAAAGUAACAACAAUACAGUAUAUGUACCAUGAGAUUAGCACCUUUUUAAGAGAACGAGGUGGCUGAGACGAACAGGCCCACUCUCGGAUAAAGAGCUCUGUUUCAGUGUAACAUAGCACAUCGCAGAGGCUGAGGACCUGGACUGGGUUGCACCAACUAUGCGCAAGUUUGUUCCCAGGUUAAGGUACAAAAUAAAAGUAGUGGCUGCAUAACUGCUGGUUCAUUUGCAGUUAGCGAGUUACUGAAUUAGAGCGGACUAAUGGAUACUACUCUACAGCUGUAGCUAUAGUUAGAACAUUGAGAUUUGAGAUGAGUAGCUGAGCAGUAAGAGCACUACCAUGCUGAUGGAAACAAACCACUUUGAUUUGUAGUAGAUUGGCAGAAAAAUUACGAUUGAUAAAUAGAUCCCAAACUUGACACUUGAAGGACAACACUAGGAUUUCUAUGUUUUAGUCCGUUCUCUACAAAUCAGUUUAAAACUAACAUCACUGCUUGCAACUUUCCAAAGCACAACAAUGGGGAUUUGGGGAAUUCCAAUGUGUUUUUACCAAAGUUCCAGGCAGCAAACGUUAUAUUUUCAUCACAUGUUGAUGAAUCUCGAGUGCAGCUUAGUUUAAAAACUGCCCUGCACCAUCACAAUAAGGUCAUUUUUGGCAGAACGCCACACAAAACAUGAUGGAUCACAAACAGUGUGACCAGAACUUGUUAAAUUUUUUACAGCAGAUUCUGCUUUAAAAAGGAAAGACUCAUAGAAAAUAUUAGUCAGUAAUGUGUAAUUUGUAGAAAAUGGACAUAAACGGUCAAAAUCACUGAUAUCGUCCUUUCGGUUGCAAAGUGACCUGGGAUUAGUCAAGAAAAAAAAAUAAAGUGUGUGCGGGAAAUACUCCUGCUUUACUGUUAGUGAGUGCAAUUGUGUGACUUUGUAUCAUUUGCACCUGCUUUAUUGCUUGCUUAACUACUUAGUUGUUACUUGAGGUUAUGUUGUAAGAGAUUUUUGUGGUGCUACCGCUUAUAUUUUAGCAGUGCGUGAAUCGGGAUCAGUGGCUACUUGGGACAUAACUAGGGAACCUACACGUGCAGCUGAUGCAACCGGCCCCUGACCUUGACUCCUCUCUCGGAAUAUGGCACAGGUCAUCGGGGGGUCUCAAUCCCGCCGUGUAUCAGCACCAGUCUGACACACGCUGACAACACAAACAUCACACUGACUUUCUCUGCCUCUUACGCACACAUGCACACAUGCACACAAGCAAACACACACGUAUCCCCAGACAUACACACAUAUAUACGACAAAAUUAUCCUAAAAGAAAACCCCCCCUCCUCUCUGGAAAGUCCAAAAUCCAAGACGAAAGCCAGUGCCACCCUGAAUAUGGGAGUGUAUUAUAUGGCUGGGACACAGGAAGGUUGCUUGUCGCUUCGUUUCUGUUCAAGCCUGAUCCCCUCUACUUCUGUCUCUGAAUGUUAAAUAGUCGUUCUUCAAGCCCUGCACCACUGCCUCAACUGCUUCAGUGCUUGUAGGAUUCGCUUUGCCCGCUGCCCGUUUUCCUCCCCUCUACUCCCGCUUCUUCGGAUCAACAUGGUCGGACGCCAUCUUUCAAGUCGCUCUCCCUCGAUGAACUGUGCGGCUUUUGUGCAUUUGCAUAUUCACACACAUAGACACACACACACACACACACACGUCUUUUGUUCAAGUUCAAGUGAGCUUAGGUGCUUCAGCCUCAGAGUGUCUCUCCUGAUCGCCGCUCGCUGACAGCACUGUCAUCUUUCGCAUUGGUCCUCGUGUGUCACGUUGUAAGGACUUCUGACGGGUUCUCUCAAACUGUGCCGGAUAUAAUGAGACAGGAUGAAGAGGGUGGAAAAAGAGACGGAAAGAAAGAGAAAGAAAGGAAAGCAGCCAUUGUAGUGUCGUGUGUGUGCUGCUCCAACGUUCACGAUCGGGCAAGUCAUGCCUCUUUUGCACGCACAGUGGUACUCCAGUCAUUCCUGUGUCAGCCAUUAGUGACAAUUGAGUAACUUGGGUCAGAUAAAACCACGCUCAAUGGGAAGUGCAGCACUGGGAAUGGUGGUCGACUUGGAAAGGGAGGAAUCUAAGGAGUUAAUGGAGGAGAAACACGGUGCUCCACUGAGAGGCAUUAACAUUUAAAAGGAACAUUUUUAAUAGGACUUAAAUGAUACAUUCAUUUGCUCGACUGCUGCACAUGAACAUUAGAAACGAGGGCUGCUGUGGAAGUGCCGCGUCAAAGAGAAGCCUGCCGAUCGACUUGAUGCGACCCUGACGUUGUGAGAUCAGUCACUGGAGAGUGUGCUCAGAAAGUGCACUGGUGGGUAAUGGAACCGCAUCAACAUGAUGGAAAGUGUCGUGAAAUCUCACCUCAGUGUUCCUUUUUUAUAAAAACCCCAUCGUGUUACCAGUCACAGUAGGAGUGUAUAGGUGCUGCUAUCAGGCUCAACCCCUCCCAUGCACACGUUCCCUCCCGCCCCCCUGCUCCCCCAACCCCGUCCUCCAGGUGUACUUCUGUGCUGUCAGAUCACCAAGUGGCUGUUUGCAUGUUAUAAGCAAAAGGAAACAGAUACUAUAUAGAUAAUAUAUAUCAUAGAUAUGUUUUUCCACUGGGAAACGCGUAUUGGAAUACAUAUACCUCUGAUACACAUUCUCAAAGGCGACACACACACAUGUUGAAAGACCCACAAUCAUCCGUACACACAUGAAUAAACCCAUACAUCCAUGUACUCUACUGCGAACAGUAAUUUGUGGAAAAACCUGAAAGAAUCACAUUUUUUUAUCCUGCUGAAAAUGAAUUUAAUCUUCUAGAUAUACAUAAUGCUAUUGUGUUAUGCUGAGAAAUGCCUUUGUUUUUACCCCAUAUGGUUUUUUUCAUUGUAAGUAAAACUUUAACUUGUGUUAAGCUAUGGAACGAUGAUCAAACAAACACUGUUGUGAAAUAAAAUCAUGUACUCACCCUCCAUAUCUAUUCUUUGCCCAGUAGAGAAAUAAAAAAAUGUGAAAAUAGACAGAAAAAAACAUCAAAAUAUAUAAAACGGUAUUUAAAAAAAAUAAAGUUGAUGUAUUCUCUGCUUGUGUAUAGUGAAUGUUCUUCAGUCGCUGGAUGUGACACAUCCCAGGCGACUGUGACAGUGCAGAUCUGUUCAUAACUUUUUUGUACACCUGCUUCUCAUUGUAAAGGUGAUAAUAGUGAUUCUUAUGAUUUCAUCAAUCUGGUGAUGUGUUUUGUUUAUAAGUCACAAAUAAAGUUUUUCUUAAAUAUCUUAA